AUGAAUAAAGUUAAACCACACGUGUUGUUGCUUAGUUCUAUUAUUACUAUUGGUAAUAAUCGUUUGGAACAACUUGCAAUUGAUAAACGUCAUUCAAUUGAUUUAACUUUUGAUUAUGUUCAAUCACCAUAUGAAACAGUUAUUCAACGAUUUUAUUCAUAUAUUAUGUCUCAUAUUAUCGAUAAUAUUCAAUCGUUGACAAUCAAUAUUCGACAUAUUUCUGAUGUAAUUACUUUUGCUAAAAAUAACUAUGAUGGAACUCUUCCAAAUUUGACAUAUUUGAAAAUAAUGAUUGGUAGACAGCAUCACAAAACAGGCACUCCUUAUACAUUAUAUAGAUCAGGUAAAUCAUUAUUAAGUAUAUUUUCUUAAAUUCUGUUUAAAUACUACAUCGAUUUUAUUUCCUGCUUAGAACAUAAAGAAAAUUCUAUGAUUUUGAGAAUAUCUUCCUGUCGCUAUUUUAUGGAAAACAAGGGUGGGUAUGGGUGUGGGUAUGGGUGUUGCUACAGGUGAAGAACUAAUAUUUAGCUCAUUCACACCCACACGCACACCAAGAAACCGGUCUGCCGUUGUGAUGAAAUUUUGAUUUUGGUAUAUGAUUUGGAUAGAGGGACUUGAGAUCUAUAGCUCAAGGCACAAUGCGAAUUGUCGCGUUUCACAUUCUAACGCUGAAUCAACGAAAUCACGUUCUCGCUUACUUAAAUAAUACGAAUUUCUGUCGAUUUUCUCCUGUAUUUUACUUUUUCUGAAAAUUUCAUGGGAGCCACGAGCCAGUUUCAUGCAUUCUAUUGAAUAUUUCCCUGAGAUGAUUGGUUUUAAAAACUUUUGUCUUACACGUUUUUCGAGAAAAAGACGGUCCAAUGUCUUCUCUUUCAAUUGCUGAUACUUGCAAGUCUCUAACUUGUUCCUAUCAAAAGUUAUUCAAAAAGCAUCCAAGCACACUGACCUCUGGAGUCGAUAUUAGUAGAAUUUGCAAAGAAACAAAUUAUAUUAUGGCUCUUCUAAUUCUUUUCAAAAAAUCUAUGAAAAAUAUUCUUACCUACGGAAUAUGAUGAAGAAGGUGAAGCAAUUCAGUUUGGUAGCUGCCUUUUUAUUAGACGAACAUCAUGCGAAUGAUUUUUUCCUCCCACUUGAAAAAAACCAUAUAUAUUUCAAUUAGUCAUAAACAAGUUAAUUUUUGUGGGUUCACUUUAAUUUAUAGAGAAAGAAAUACACCGUAUGUAGAACUCACUCAAAAAAAAAACGCAUUGUAAAAACAACCUGCAAGCCGUGUUUACAGAACCAAUGGUAAACAUCAAGUUUCGAGUAUAAAAUAAAUCAGAUCUAUAUUUUUCGUCCACUGUGGAUUGUUUAUACAACCAGGGUGUGGGUAUGCGUUUGGGUGGAUGUAGAGUUUGGCACUAGCAGGUCCAUCAUGUCGGCGAACCGGCGACUGCCGUCCCAUUGCGAAUUUUUUCUCCAUUUUUCUUCAGCAAAAAUCAAACUAAAAGGGCUGUGCUAGCUCGAAUAGGCUUAGUAAACCAUUUUUUGACCGUGACUGCUACUUCCUCCAGCAAAUCGCUAUCCUCUCACUGAUUUUCUGGAUUCGCCACUGGAGUAUGGGUGUGGGUGUGGGUCAGUGGAUAGUAAAAAUGGGUCAAGAGCAAUUCCCAGGUGCCAAAUCGGUUUUGAGUCGAGACUGCGUACAUUAUGUAGGCUCUAAUCAGCCAUGAACGCUCUAAAGAAAGUUCGCACUUCUAGCUUAUUUCUGUCAAGAUAUUUGAUUUUUACGGCAACUUUUAGCACAACGCUGUGGACCCGCUCAGAUCUACCUGAAAAAUCAACUUUCGAAUUUCGACUUGAAACUUUGUGCAGAGAAAGGUCUGAAUGAGAUUAGUUUAGUUCGAAAGUUUCAGAUUUUUAGGUUCCUUCUAUUCCAAGAUAUGAGUAUAGGAAAAAUGCUCCUUUUCACUUUACUUAUAACACAAAAUGUUAAAUGUUUAUAUUUAAGGGGGCCCCCUCUCAGAAAAUACAAUGUUUCAAAGGCAAGUCGAAAUUGAAGUUUUAUCAUAGGAAGAUGCAUUGAAGUCUCCUUUUUCAGAAUAUCUAUGGUUUAUUGAAAAGUGAAUUGGUUUUGACGAACUUAUCGUCUAAAACUUGACUUCUACAAUCAUGUUUUUCGAGAAAUUUUGAUGGUGUUUUUUCAAGGUUUUUUCACAUUCUGGGCUCUUUUCUCUUUGCAUCAGCAUUUCGUAAAGUCUUUUUUAAUACUAGUCACUACAAGACUAUUAAAACUUGAUAUUAAGAUGACAUAUUUCUAGCCUGCCUUGAACAUUAAUAUAUAAAUCAGAUGAUUUUCGAGAAAAUCGCUUUCUAAUGCUUAUUUUUCGUUUUUCUUAAAAUCAGUUUUUUUGUCAUGCAGUUUACGCGGGCAGGUUUUUCUCCUUAACGACUCGACAUGGAAGUGAAAAUUUUUUUUAGUGUAUAGGAGACAUGUAGGGUUAGGACUUAACAGGCUCCGAUUUUUAAAUUUUUCUUUGGCUGAAAUAAAAUAUUUAGCUAUUUCAUUUCUUUCAGCACUUCGAAUUCGAAUAUUUUUCGAAAAACAUUUUUUACAAAUCAAAUGAAGGAAAAUUCAAAAAUCGGAUCCUGUUAAGUCCUAGCUCUAAGGGUACUCUACAACAUGAAAACCACCCGGACUUGUUAGCUCGUGUCCUUAUUGCGAAAAUCCUUGCCCGCGUAAAGAGUAAUGAAUUGACUAAAACUUGUGCAUUUCUUUGAGAUUUGGGGGAGAUAUUUUAACCAUAAGCUAUUCUAGCCAAGACUAACAUUCUCUGAAAUUUUGGUUGAAAUCGGAUGAAAAAUAGCAAAGUUCGUUUCUGAGGAGGGGGCCCCCUUACGGAUAAGAGCAAUCAAAAAAUUUGAAAGCCUCAGAACAAACUAGUCUUAUUGAGAUCUUUCUCUGCACAAAUAUUCCAGUCGAAAUUCGAAAGUUGAUUUUUUCGGCGUGCCUAAGGGAAACCACGAGAAUGUGGAUGUGCGGGUGUAAGUGUGAGUGUGGGGGAAGGAAUGAUCCGCACUUACAGUAAUACACUCACCCACAUCAACACACUCAUUGAUACCCAGACCGACACACCCACACUAGGAGUGGCACAUUACUAUUACUUUUUUAUUACCAUUACUCAGUAAUUGGUAAUAAUAAUUAUUACUUUAUUACUUAUUACUAGUAAUAAAACAAAGUAUUACAUUAUUACCAGUAAUAACGUAAUAAUUAUUAUUACUUUAUUACUUAUUACUAGUAAUAAAAAAAUUAUUACUUAUUACCAGUAAUAAGGUAAUAAAACCUUGACAGUAAUAAAAGUAAUUAUUAAUAACAAGUAAUAAUUAUUACUGUAAUAAAGUAAUAAUCUAUAUACAUAAUGUUCAGUGUGUGUUUCUUCAUGCCGGAGCAAAGUUAAAGGUCAAUAAGGCUAGAAAGGGGAAAGCGCCAAGGCUAUUAUGUUGGGGGCCCAUAGGUCCUCUACCGCUAUCCUAUGGAGGUACGCGUAGGUCCUCAAGGGCUAUCCUAUGAAGGUACCCUGGGUCGUCAAGGGCUAUCCUAUGGGAAUGUUCCUGGGUUGUCAAGGGCUAUGCUAUGGGGGUAUCCCUAGGUCCUCAAGGGGCUAUUAUAUGGAGGUACCCAUAGAUCCUCAAGAGCUAUUCUGUAAGGGUACCCAUAGGUCCUCAAAGGCUAUCCUAUGGGGAUAUCCGUGGGUCGUCAAAGGGCGUUUAUAUGUAAGUACGCAUAAGUCCUCAAGAACUGUCCUGUGGAGGUACCCAUAGUUUCUCAAGGGCUAUCCUAUGGAGGCGUCCCUUGGUCGUCAAGGGGCUACUAUAUGGAGGUAUGCAUACGUCCCCAAGAGCGAUUGUAUGAGGGUAACCAUAGACCCUCAAGUACUAUUAUAUAGGGGUACCUAUAAGUCGUCAAUGGCUAUUAUAUAAAGGGAUCCAUAGGACCACAAGGGCCAUAGGGCUAUAAUGGAGUAGGGAAUAAGGGAUAAGGAUAUAAGAGUAAUGAGGAUAAGAGACUAAAACUACAGGGUCAUAAGGGGUACAACUAAAAGAGUAUAAGAAGAUAAGGGUACAAGGUAUAAGUAGAUAAGAUUGUAUGGGACAUAAGCAAUAAGGAAAUAACGGAUAAGACUAUAAGAGGUAAUACCCCAACAGUACAAGGCUACAAGAGUGUAAGAGCACAGGACAGGAGUAUAAAGCUAGAAGGUCCUCUAUAUAUAUACUAGGUGGGAAAUAAUAUUUUGCCAGGAGGGUACCCCUAUAAUUUCAAAUAGAAGACAUAAUGAAUUUUAUAUCAAAUGAAAGCUUGUCAAAAACGGAGUUUAUUGGUACUAAAUGGUAAGGUUUAUGAAAACUUUUUAACAUUGAACUUAAGAAACAUUCAGAAACUUUAUACCGUUUUUGUGGUGGAAAAGUAAAGCGCCAGUAAUUGAAAAAUGAAUUACAAUGUUUUUCUUGGAUAUUUUUACAUGAUUUGCUAGAGCUCUAUUAUUAUGUCUUAUGAAAACAUCCAUGUGUAACAUUUCAAAUACACACAGUUUUUGCAUAACAACCGGUCUAGUUUAACACAAGAUUUUACACUAUAGGAAUCGACUAAAUUAAAGCAUGUAUCCUUUGCUUUUUAAUAAUUCAACUUAUACGACAAACUUACAUAUUUUUCAAAUUCGAAAACUAUAAUCCUAGUAUGUACUGGCAUCGUCCAAGAUUAUUACUAACUAGCGUCAGCUCGUGCAUACUGCACGGCUGUUUUCUCCUUUCACCUAUGGCCUCAAACGUUUAACUUUUCAUCCGAUAACAGACAUUCAGACACUCGAUAUUAUGUAUUUAGAUAUAUAGUCUUGCGGCCUCAUACCGUUAUAUCGUAGAUGUUUUUAUAUUACAUGUAGGUUUCGCCCGUAUAGCCUUAUAUCCCUUAUAGCUCUUGUAGCUAUAUCUUCUUAUUGCCUUACUGCCUUCAAGGCCGAUGAGUGGGUAUCCCAUCGAACAGUCCUUCAGGACAUAGGAAUUCCUCCAUAAGCUAGCCUUUGACGACCUAUGGGUGUGGGUGUGGGUGUGUGGGUGUGGGUGUGUGUGCAGGUGUGGGUGUGGGUGGGUGGAGUGUGGGUGGGUGUGGGUGUGGGUGUGGGUGUGGGG